AUGUUUAGGAGAUCGUGGAAUCGCCAGGACACGAUGACUGCCACUGCCAGGAGGCGAGCGAACAAGAAUCAGCGUAUGGAAAAAAGAGCAACGAAAACUCUUGGCAUCGUCGUCGGAAUAUUUUUGGUUUGCUGGGUGCCGUUUUUCUCAGUGUAUAUCGUAAGUGCGGUGUGUAUCAAACUAGAUGUGCAGAGUUGUCAGGCGGAUUUUUACGCGUUUUUUUAUACGACAUGGCUUGGAUACAUCAAUUCCUGCAUAAAUCCCAUUAUCUACACCAUUUUUAACACGGAAUUCCGGCGUGCCUUUAAGUGCUUGCUACUUGGAAAAGGUCGCUAA